AUGGGCGUUCCCGUCAGGCAUCUCGCUGCCAAUCAGGCUCGCCCACAGCUGAGCACAGGAGAGGAGCAGAUAUUCUCCUACUUUCGACCCACGCUCGAAGGUGGAGACUACAUCGUGUCAACCACCCAGACCAUCUCCGCCAGAGACAGCACGGCGAUUCUGAAGCAAGAAGAGCAGGAGUUCACUGUGGCCACGCCACGGUUCCGCCUCCCCGACGGCGCCGUCAAGUCAGUGUUUCCGCCGCCGGGCUACACCGCGGCCGUCGAAACCCUGCCGCACAUUGUGUUCAGCGAUCCAUACCUGCCCUGGGAGCGCCAGGCGACCGCAACGAAGCAGACGACGACGAGCAGGGUCCCAUGGAUGGCCGUCUUGGCUUUCACGGAGGACGAGCUUCUCCUGCCUCAGGACCAGCGGACAGGAGACACCAGCAUCUUUAAGAACAUAUCCUCCCAAGAGUCUUGGGAGCAAGAUGCAAGCCUGUCUGUAGCGAUCCAACCAUCAAUCCUUUCCAAGGUGACCAGCUGCAGAACUCCCAUCUCGAGCAUAGACGGCAUCGCCGAUACCGACGUCGACAAGGUCAACGCCAUCUUCAUCCGGUCAAGACUCUUUAACGAGCUUUUCCGCAACAGCACCGCCUCGGCCGGCACGCAGAAGCACCCAGACGUGUCCCGAUACGCGUUCCUCUCCCACGUGCGCCGUUUCGACACAACCGGAAUGGCAGAGUCAGGGUCCUCCCGUGAAGCCUACUACAGCAUCGUCUUGUCACACAGGGUCGGAUCGCUGGCCAGUGACGGCACACCAGUGCCCGUACACGUCCACCUCAUCUCCCUUGACGGCAUCGAGUCCAUGGCCUGGCCAGUGCCGGAAUCCACCCGCCAUGUGGCCGUCGCAUCCUUGUACAGUUGGACGUACAUGUGCGGUCGCGAGGGCGCCUUUGACGUGAAACAGACGAUGCGUGUGCUAGCAGACAGUCUUGGGCCGCUCAGGGCGCCGCUGCCAGACUUAAGUACCCUUGUUGACACCCCAGAGAGGCAGACCAUCGUGGACAGGGUCAGGGACGGCUACGUCCUCGGAAGAUGCCGCGUGCAGACGGGCGAAACCACGGCGACUUUCUACCGGGGCGUGUUGACACCAAACCAAGUCCAGCACCCCAUCUCACCAACAUGGAGUCUUCAUUCGGACAGCGGCAUGGAUCUGCAGAUCCUGGAUGGCAAGCUCGGCAUGCUCGACAUCACGUACUCGGCCUCGUGGCAGCUGGGGAGGAACACAGCCAUCGCCGACCAGGCCUUCUGCCGGGCCAUGACCAGUCUACGGCGCCAGAUCCACGUCAUGGCCAUGAACAGGGCCAAGGCCGUCCUGAUGCGCGCGCAUGGCACGUGCCAGACCCGGGACGACGCGUUGAGGGCUGCCCCGGCCAUCGUUCAGGAGCUUGGAAAGCUGCAGAGCACGGAGACCGACCGGCUCCCGUCGAACGGGAAUCUCGAUAUGCUUGACUGGUGGAUGUCCAAACCCAAAGAGCCUGUCAACCUUGCCAACGAGGACGACGACGUGUACAUCUACAACGAGCUGAAUCAGGCGGCAAACCCCGAGUGGUCCGUCGUGCUCGGCUGGGUCCUUGACAAGAUGUACCUGUCCAGCAUUCCGAGCCAGUACCUGGUGACCGACCCGUCGCAUCUGCCCGCCGAGAGUCUGCGCUUCUUCCACAUCGACGCCAACUGGGUCGACGCCUUCCUGGAUGGCGCCCUCAGCAUCGGGAAUCACCUCGAGAACCGCUUCGACAGCGUGCGCACUGCCAUCAAGCGCCUCGUCAACAACUACCUUCGAACUCCGCUGCCGUCCACGGGCAGGCCGCCCCCAAUCCCGACUUACGGGUUUCUCCUGCGCUCUAACCUCAUCAGCCACUUCCCAGAUCUGCGCGUCGAGGCAGAGUACGACCCUCUGAGAACAGACUCGAUUGUUUCCUCGAUUCUCCGACAGGCUAGCGUGGCCGAUGGGGUUCUCUUGUGUCUCCUGGACGUGUCGCCGCACGGCGGCCAGCCCAGUUGUUCGCGACUGACCAGCCUCAAAUUCACCCAGCCUCCUCACCAGCAAUCUUUCACCGUUGGUGACCGGCUUGAUGAAGAUGAGCUUUGGACGUCGUAUAGGAGAAUAUACACGACAUUUGACGGAUCAUCAGAUAAGUCGGAUCUCUUGUGCAGAGAUGAGGUCCUCAAGAGGAACGCGCCUCCGAACAAGGUCGAACCGCCCAUCUUCGACUGGGGCCAAGACAACUCGGUGCGGUGCCUGCAAUUCCCAGCCUUCUCCGACAAGCUCCUGCGCAACCUGCAGAAAUACAUGCCCAGAGAUGAAGAGGGGACCUUUCGCGCCGACGCUGCCACCUCGGCUAUGGUCGGGCUGCAGCUGACGAAGCGCAUCUGUGAGCUAGAAGUCACCGCCGCCGCCACCACCGCCUUGUUCUCCUCGUCCACCUCCUCUGUCUCUGCCGGCCCCAGGGCUCUCUGGAUACCGAGAAAGCCCGAUUCCCUGAUGUAG